AUGGCCAGAGGAACAACAAUCACAGCCCUCGUACAGUCGCCAAAUGGCGGAGGCCCGCCGGUGGUCUCGCGGGACCAGCCAAUGCCGCAAAUCAGAGAUGCCCACGAAGUCCUGGUCCGGGUCUCGGCCGUCGCGCUGAACCCCACCGACUACAAGAUGGCUGAUUAUCAUCCUGUACCUAACGCCGUCAUGGGAUGCGACUUCAUGGGCGUCAUCGUCGCUGCUGGCCCCGCGGUCGACGGGGAUUGCAUCGGAAUGCGCGUUUGCGGACCGAUGCAUGGAUCGAACCCCGGAAACCCGGACUCGGGGGCGUUUGCCGAAUAUCUCAUCCAGGACAGGCGUCUCCUUGUGAGGGUGCCGGAUUCGUGGACUGACCUCGAGGGCGCCGCGCUGGGAGGAGUAGGAUGGGCGACUGUGGCGUUGGCCGUGGAGGACUCGCUCCUGCUCACGGGCACGCCGUCGAAACCCGCCCCGUUGCGGGCUGACGGAACCCGCGUGCCUGUUCUGGUAUACGGUGGUGCUACGGCUACCGGUACCAUGGCGUGCCAGUUGCUAUCGAGUGCCGGCUACGACCCCAUCGCGACAUGCUCCCCGGCUUCUGCGGCUCUUGUGAAGAAAUACGGGGCCGCAUCUACGACACCAUACUCCUCCCCGACGUGCGGAGAGACAAUUCGCGACGCGACAAAGGGUUCCAUCCGCGCGGCAAUCGACUGCAUCACCACGCCAGAGUCGGUGAAGUGCUGCUUUACCGCUCUUGGUCGCGCGGGAGCGAGGUAUGCUUCUCUUGAACACGCGCCCGACGAGUGGAGGACCAGGAAGGCUGUCAAGAUGGACAUGCCCAUGACGUACGUGGUUAUGGGCCGCGAGGUGAAGCUCGGUGCCGUCUAUCACCGUGAUGAGGACCGGUCGAAGUUUGAUCUGGGCGCGCGGUGGGCGCUCGAGGUUCAGGCUUUGGUGGAUGGGGGACGGCUGAGGUGUCAUCCUGUUCGUGAGGUGCCCGGUGGAUGGAAGGGGGUUAUUCAAGGGCUUGAGAUGUUGAAGGCGGGACAGGUUCGGGGGCAGAAGCUUGUGGUUAGAGUGGGGGGUGUUUGA